AUGAAUCAUGUUUCGGAAUCAACUACAGAAACACGUACGGAAACAGAUACAUUUGGUCCGAUUGAAGUACCAUCUAAAUAUUAUUAUGGAGCUCAAACAGCUCGUUCAAUGAUUUAUUUUAAUAUUGGUUUACCAACUGAUCGUAUGCCAUUUCCAUUGAUAGAAGCAUUCGGUUUAUUAAAAAAAGCAUGUGCAAUAGUAAAUAAACAAUUUGAUCUUGAGAAUCAAAUUUCCGAUGCUAUAUCACAAGCAUGUGAUGAAAUUAUUGAUGGAAAAUUGAAUGAACAUUUUCCAUUAAGUAUUUGGCAAACAGGAUCAGGUACACAAACAAAUAUGAAUGUUAAUGAAGUUAUUUCAAAUAGAGCAAUACAAAUUCUUGGUGGUGUAAUGGGAACUAAGAAACCUGUUCAUCCAAAUGAUCAUGUGAAUAAAAGUCAAAGUUCGAAUGAUGCAUUCCCUACCGCUAUGCAUAUAGCUGCUGUAUUUGAAUUAAAUCGUCAAUUAUAUCCAGCAUUGAAAUAUCUUCAUAGUGAAUUAGAAAAGAAAUCCAAAGAAUUUUCAUUGAUUUAUAAAAUUGGUCGAACACAUUUACAAGAUGCUGUACCGAUGACACUUGGACAAGAAUUUUCUGCUUAUACACAUCAAGUUGCUAUGGCAAUUGAACGUUUAAAAACUUGUGAAACACGUUUAUAUGAAUUAGCUAUUGGUGGAACAGCUGUUGGUACUGGAAUUAAUGCACCGAAAAAUUUUGGAAAGUUUGUGGCACAAACUUUAAAUGAACUGACUCAAUUACGAUUUGUUGAUGCACCAAAUAAAUUUGAAGCAUUAGCUACACAUGAUACAAUGGUUGAAGUAAGUGGUGCACUUAAUACAUUAGCUGUCAGUUUAAUGAAAAUUGCCAAUGAUAUACGUCUUUUGGGUUCAGGACCUCGUUGUGGCAUAGGUACGUGUAUUAUGAAAGAUGAAAUUCUUUAUAUUGAUUUUUGUUGUGAAGGUGAAUUGAUAUUACCGGAAAAUGAACCAGGUAGUUCAAUUAUGCCUGGUAAAAUAAAUCCAACACAAUGUGAAGCUAUGACAAUGGUAGCUGCACAAGUUAUGGGUAAUCAUGUUGCUGUUACUGUUGGUGGUUCAAUGGGACAUUUUGAAUUGAAUGUUUUUAAACCAUUGAUUAUUAAAAAUGUUCUUCAUUCAAUAAGAAUUCUUGCUGAUGUUUGUAAUUCAUUUACUGCUCAUUGUGUAUCAGGAAUUUUACCGAACACAUCUAUAUUAACACGUUAUAUGCGUGAAUCACUUAUGCUAGUGACAGCACUAAAUCCAUAUAUUGGUUACGAUAAAGCAGCAGAUAUUGCUAAGAAAGCACAUGAAGAAGGAAUAACAUUACGUGAAGCAACAUUGGCUCUUGGUUAUUUAACAAAAGAACAAUUUGAAAAAUAUGUCAAACCUGAAGAUAUGGUUUGA